AUGGCAAAACAACCGAUCAUCACCAAGGUGUUUAAUGAUCCCAUCCAUGGUAGCAUAGAGUUACACCCACUCCUCAUCAAAAUCAUUGACACACCUCAGUUCCAGAGACUUCGAUUCAUAAAGCAGCUUGGAGGUGUCUACUUUGUUUACCCUGGAGCGUCUCACAACCGCUUUGAACACUCGAUCGGGGUGGGAUACUUAGCAGGAAAACUUGCUGAGGCUCUCAGGUCAAGGCAGACGGAACUCAAAAUCGAUGACAGAGACGUCCUUUGUGUUCAGAUUGCUGGCCUCUGUCAUGACCUGGGUCAUGGACCCUUUUCCCAUCUGUAUGAUGGACUGUUCCUCCCCAAAGCACUGGAAAAAAAGAAAGAAGAAAUGAGAAAAAAUGGGAAAUUCAGAGAAAUGGAGAAAUUGGAGAAAUUGGAGAAAUGGAAGAUCAGAAACUUGAUGAGGCAGUAUGGACUGACCCGUGAAGAAGACAUAACAUUCAUUAAGGAGAUGAUUGCUGGACCUCUACAGGAAUCUGAAGGCAAGAAGUGGCCGUACAAAAGGCGCCCAGAAGAAAAUUCCUUCCUCUAUGAAAUUGUGUCCAACAAAAAAAACGGCGUUGAUGUGGACAAGUUUGACUACUUGGCCAGGGACUCUUCCUACCUGGGGAUCAAGAACAACUUUGACUUUCAUCGCUUCCUGCAGUUUGCCAGAGUGUGUGAGGUUGAUGGCAGGAAAACUAUCUGCACCAGAGACAAGGAGGAAGACCAUAUGUACGACUUGUUCUAUACAAGACACCGUCUCCACAAAAGAGCCUGUCAGCACAGAGUAAGCCAAAUCAUACAAGAAAUGAUUGCAGAGGCUUUUUUGAAAGCAGACGGUCACAUUCAGAUUGAAGGAUCAGGAGGGAGGAUGUUCACUCUCUCUACAGCCAAUGAGGACAUGGAGGCCUACACAAAGCUCACAGACAACGUGUUUGAGGAAAUACUGAAGUCUUCCUGCUCAGAGCUAAAAAAGGCAAGAGAGAUUCUGCAAAACAUCAUCUCUCGAAAGAGCUACAAGUUUGUUGAUGAGAGAAAGCCAAAGGACCCCAUCGAGGAUUGGAAAAGCCAGAUUUCUGGCUGGAAAGAAGGAUUGGCUCAACCCCUCCCUGACGAGGAAGAAAACAACCUGAAACCAGAGGACUUUGAAAUCCUGGUCAUUAACAAGGACUACGGCAUGAAAGACGAGAACAGGAAAAAUGAAUCCAGGAUUCGCACAUUGAUCUUUUCUGAGCAGCUGAUCAGGGUCUUCUGUAAGGAGAUUGAUGACGAGAGUGUGGAGGCUGCCAAAAAGCACUUUAAACAGUGGCUAGAGAAGAACCAAAUCUGGUUGGACCUGAGGAGCCAGAUUACUGGCUGGAAAGAAGGAUUGGCUGAGGGAAAAAGAAACCUGACAUCAGAGGACUUUGAAAUCCUGGUCAUUAACAUGGACUACGGCAUGAAAGACAAGAACCCUGUUGAACAUAUGCAUUUCUACAGCAAAAAGGAGCCUGACGUGGCAUCCAGGAUUCGCACAACGAUCUUUUCUGAGCAGCUGAUCAUGGUCUUCUGUAAAGAUGAUGUUGAUGAACAGAGUGUGGAGGCUGCCAGACAGCACUUUGAACAGUGGCUAGAGAAGAAGCCAAAUCUGGUUGGACCUGAGGGUAAUUAG